AUGACAGCCCAAUCAACUCAACGGCAGACGCUUUCCAAAACUAAAACCCUUUCGAAAACAACUCUGUCUGCACCAGCCGCCGCUCCUCCGUUUCUGGCACAUACAACAACUCCACACGCAUCUCAGCUACAAUGGCCGCCGUCACCCACCAUCCCUUUCUCUCCUCCAAACUCCUGCAAACCACCAAGCCCAAUCCCAUCCGUAUUGGCCCCACAGCGGUUCGUAUGUCCCUCCAGGAGACGGCGCCUUCGCUCGCGGUCGUUGGCGUCACUGGCGCCGUGGGUCAGGAGUUUCUCUCGGUGCUCUCUGACCGCGACUUCCCCUUCCGCUCCAUCAAAAUGCUUGCUUCCAAGCGCUCCUCUGGGAAGCGACUCACCUUCCAGGGCUGCGACUACACCGUCGAGGAACUCACUGCCGAUAGCUUCGACGGCGUCGACAUCGCUCUCUUCAGUGCCGGCGGGUCCAUCAGCAAGGAGUUCGGGCCGGUAGCCGUGGAGAGGGGAACUAUAGUGGUGGACAAUAGCUCCGCGUUUCGGAUGGAGGAGAAGGUCCCAUUGGUGAUACCAGAGGUGAAUCCCGAGGCCAUGGAUGGGAUCAAACUCGGAACGGGGAAGGGGGCACUUAUUGCCAACCCCAACUGUUCCACCAUCAUUUGCUUGAUGGCCGCCACGCCUCUUCAUCAACGAGCCAAGGUACAACGCAUGGUUGUGAGUACAUACCAGGCUGCCAGUGGUGCUGGUGCUGCUGCAAUGGAGGAGCUUGAGCUGCAGACUCGUGAGGUCCUGGAAGGCAAAUCACCAACUUGUAAAAUCUUCAAGCAACAGUAUGCUUUUAAUUUGUUCUCGCACAAUGCACCUGUCCUGUCAAAUGGAUACAAUGAAGAGGAAAUGAAAUUAGUAAAAGAGACAAGGAAAAUAUGGAACGACAAGAAUGUUAAAGUGACUGCCACAUGCAUACGAGUUCCUGUUAUGCGUGCACAUGCCGAGAGUAUAAAUCUUCAAUUUGAGAACCCCCUUGAUGAGGACACAGCCAGGAAUAUUCUGAAGAAUGCUCCUGGUGUAGUGGUUAUUGAUGAUCGGGCAUCAAAUCUAUUCCCUACUCCAUUGGAGGUGUCAAACAAAGAUGAUGUUGCAGUUGGCAGGAUCCGCUGCGAUGUGUCUCAGGAGGGGAACCAUGGGCUGGAAAUUUUUGUCUGUGGCGAUCAAAUACGCAAGGGAGCAGCACUCAAUGCAGUUCAGAUUGCUGAGAUGUUGCUAUAGUCCCACCAAUUGUUUUCAGUGAUGAGAUUUCAAUUAUGGAUUUACCUGUAUGGUGAGAUAAGAUGCUUUUAGUUUUUCAUCAUAUGUAGUUUUCAGAUCCGGAUGAGUUGAGAAAAAUGAGUGCUUUUGUUUAGUGUAACCUCUAAAAAUCUAAAUCAUGUUCAUUAUGUUCAUCGUAGGAUUCAUUAAGUUGCUUGAUGUUUUCAGUUUAAAUUGAAAUUAUAUACCUCAUCAAUCCUUAACGGGAAGAUUUUGUAGUAAUAAUUUGUGGUUCAGAAUCA